AUGCAGCACUAUAGGACUUUUAUAGGAGAAAUGACCAGCCCACAGUCGUUGUGGGAAGAAUCCACAGACAAGUCAUUUAAGUCAAGUAGUCAAGUGAAAAACUUAGUCGACAAAAAAGAAAAAAAGAAACGAAAAAGAAAAGAUGACGCAAUAGUUGAAAAAAAUAUUUUCUCAAGUCUAAUCGCUGGCGUUUCGCGACAAUUAGUCGUCACUAGACUCAAGCUUAAUAGAAGUCGAGUCGUUGAUGGUCUAAGUCAAAGUUAUGGCCAAGCUUUUUGGAAAAAUAUGAUGACGCCAUUAAAUUUAAAAUAA